AUGAUUCCUUUCUACCUCAUGAAACCUACACUCAUCAUGGUUUAUCUUAUUCCUCUUCUUAUUCUCAUUUCAUUUGCACAUUCUUUCUUCCUCGAUGGUUGUCCAAAAUGCGGCGACAUGGAUGUUCCCUUUCCACUUAGCACCAAUGACAUGUGCGGAAACAUAAAAUACAAAAUCCAUUGUAACAAUACCAUAGGUCUAGGCUUUGUUUCAAGUGAUGGACUUUACUAUAAAAUAAUUAGUAUUAAUACAUUUGCUAAUACGCUAGUUAUUACGCCUCCAAUUAUAGAAAAAGACACAUGCCAAUCUUCGGAUCUCAAUGUAGGUGGUUUCAGGCUAGAAGACAACUCUCCAUUUAGCAUAUCAUCUCGUAAUACUGUGUUGUUGUUUAACUGUUCAAAAAAUAUCCUCUUGUCACCUUUAAAUUGUUCUUCAAGUAGCAUUUGUAGGCAAUUUGAGGAAGAAAAAGGAAUGUGCACGGGUUCACUUUGUUGUUCUUUCUUGAAAGAUGCAUCCAUGACUAACCAUCGGAUUAGGGUUAGGGUUGAAGGGUGCACUGCUUAUACCUCUAUAGUGGAUAUGAAGCCCGGAUCUUCAAUCGAUUCAUGGAACUUUGGCAUUGAGUUGAAAUGGCUACCUCCUUCCUAA